AAAAAGAAAAAAAAAGUGUAAUACGAAAAUCUUUGUCGAAGAUCUUAAUAAAAAUUUCACUGAUAUAUUUGAUAUUAUUUAACAAUAAUAUGGAACAAUAAUUAAAGAUCAAUCGUCUAUUGUCUCUUUUAUAUUGUUCGAAGGUAUUUGUAGACAUUUGAAUUACGCGCGGUUUCUAACGAAGCGAGCGCCAUGUUCUUACGUUGACCAAUCAAAGAAACAAUACUAGCCUACCUGAGUAUAAUUAUAAUAGUGGUGUAUAACGGUUCGGAAAGUUGCUCCGUGACGUAUUCGAUGGUCGCAGUUUGCGCUUUACUUUUCCAAAGGAGUGUAAUAUGUUCGUCAGUUGCAUUUUAAUGUCGUUUGGAAGUUAAUUUUUAUUUAUCGCGAUAAAUAACCUAUUUUCUAAUAAGGCCGUGGCCAAACGUGCCAAAUCAUGGGUUCAAAGAAGCACAAAAAACAUAAGCGACAAAGACACGAAGCAUUUCAAAGAUGCUGUUAUGGAUAGAAUUUUGUAUAUCUAUCUUAAGUACAUAGUCGAGGAUUCAAAUGAAAACAUUGAACUGUGGAUGGUGUUGCUCUAAAGGAAUGGGUGUUAGAUUUAAGAAGGCAUUUACCUUGAGGGAUAGAAAUGUAGUCUUAGAAGCUACGCCAAAUUGAUCUUCUCAUUAUUUUCAUUAGAAUCCUUCUCGUACUCAUAGUUAAAAUGAUGCACAGGAAUUUUGACUACGUUUUCACCACGGACAAACUGAGAGUGAGGUUGGAGUAGAAGUGAGGUGGAUUCAAAAGUAUAAACGAAGGUUCCACAACGACAGGCUCGACGUGGAAAAGGACAAUAUACGACAACGGACAAACCGCCUACUUUAAAAUUAAUUUUAAAGGUAGGAGGCAGCAGUGGGACUCCAGAAUACGGCAACGAUUCUCCAAGCCAAGGCAUUAUGUUAUCUCAGCACUACCAACAGCAACUAGGUAUAAAUUACUCUGUCACGCAAGGAGACUCAGAAUAUGAUAGGUACAUGGGUCACAAGAAGCUUAAAAAGAAAAAGAAGAAAAAGGAUAAACGGCACAAACAUCAUCACAAAGAUAAAAAGAGACGAAGAGAAGAGUCAAGUCAGGAAUCAGUGGGCGACGCGGACGAAGGUUUUGUCGAGGUACCCAAGAAGAUUCCAAAUCAACAAUUGUUAUCUCCUAGACCUUUAUCGAGCAAUGAACCUAGAAUCAAUGUUACUAAUCAAAUUAGUUCACUCUCGCCACAUCGCGAGCCUAGAACAUGCGUUCUUCGGAAAAUAGCAGAGCGUACGCCACUCCAAAGAUUAUUGGAACAUUUGUUAAGGUCAAUGGAAAAGCGUGAUCCACAACAAUUCUUCGCUUGGCCAGUGACCGAUAGUAUUGCACCUGGUUAUUCUCAAAUAAUAACAAAUCCGAUGGAUUUUAGUACUAUAAAACAAAAGAUAGACGAUAAUAAUUAUCAGAAUUUAAAUGAAUUUAUAGACGAUUUUAAGCUCAUGUGUAAUAACGCAACUACGUAUAACCAUCAGGAUACUAUAUAUUAUAAGGCAGCCAAGAAAUUGUUACACGUUGGAUUAAAAAUGGUUACUCCAGAAAAACUUAGACAGUUAAGACCCGUUUUAACGUACAUGCAUGAUAUAUCAAAGGAGGAGCUUGGAUUUGAAUUAGGAGUUGAAGAUCCUAAUAAUCCAGAUGUACUUGUUACCGAGGAACAAAUUGAAAGAGAAAGAGAACAAGAGGAAAGAAACGAGGAGGCCGAAGAAUUGCGAAAGGAAAAUCAAAGAAAAAUGAGAUUGGCGAGUUUGGGCAAAUUCGAAGCUAUACCGGACGAUUUAACACCCGAAGAAAUUCUUAAACAAGCACGUGGUGCUGCCAAAUCGGCAGCAGAUAAAUUAAGUUUAAAACGUUUAAACUCUAAAAUGGGAUUUUUGAGACAAAAAAAAGAUGGUACUACGAGUUUACAAAUUAUAGUACCUGGAGAUGGUGUUAUACCUGGUACCAAUCAAAGGCCAGUAUCGUUAGGGCAAUUAAUAGGAAAAUUGAAUCACGGUACUGGUGCAUUAGCCGGUUUCAGAGAAGAUAGAAGAAAUAUGUCGAAACCAGUUAAGCCAUUGUAUUAUGGAGCAUUUGGAUCUUAUGCUCCAAGUUACGAUUCCACUUUUGCUAAUCUUACUAAAGAAGAGACUGAUCUAGUUUAUCAGACUUACGGUGAUGAAACCGCUGUUCAGUACGCAGAAUCUAUUUUAGAUUUUGCAAAAGACUGUGAUUAUACAUUAACUAUGGUCGACGAUUUAUUGGAUAUAUUAACUGGUGGCGAUCAUAGAAAAACGAAAAAGUUUCUCGAAGAGAAAAGAAGGCUUAAAGAGGAAGAGGAAAAGAUUAAACAUUUAUUAGAGAAACCUAUGCAAGAUAUUAAUAAAAACAUUCCGUCGUUUGAGAAAGUUCGUGUGGAUAUCGAUCAAUUGAAAACAUUGUCGGAAUUGGGAAUUGAUAUGAAUUUUUUGGAAAAAUUAGAGGAGGAAUUAAAGUUCAGCGAGGAUCGUGCAACCUUACAAAGUCGUUUAGACGAUACUUCGCAGAUGUUGGGUCGUUUGAAACAAGUACAACACGAUCGUCUCUCGGCACCUCCACCAGCUCAUUUAUCGAACGUUCCAAAGCCCUCGGAAACUGAAGUUGCCCUAGCCGAUAAGAUUACGGAUAAUCUUACGGAAAUAGCAAAGAAACUUCCACCGUCAGCUAUAGCACCAGUUGAUGGAUUACGUAGGGCAAUGGGUAUAGCACCUUUAGCUGGAGGUGAACCAAUGGAAGUUGAACCAAUUACUCAUAAUCCAGCAAUAGUUACGGAAAAUACAUUGUUACAAUCUAAUAAUGGCAAUCAAGUACCAACAAAUUUGUUACCACCGCCAUCGCCUAUUACAAAUACGAGUUUGUUAAGUCCAAACAGUCAACAAAAUCAAACUAUCAGUAUUGUCAAUCCGAAUCAAAUCCAAAUCGGUGUUACGCACAAUCAAAACUCACCGUCUUUAUUAAGUACGACGGAGACAUCGGGUGUUCCCGAUCUGGAAUCUGAACUCCGAGAGUUUUUGGAAAGCGAUCCUACAUUAGGACAUUCACCAUUACACGACGACAAAACGCUUGAAGAUAUAUUAUCGGAAUCAUAGUAUUUUAACGUGUGGAACAUGCUUAAUGUUUAAGGAUACAUUGUACAUUUUAUUACACAUUCACAUAAUAAUAGUAAUAAUAAUAAUAAUAAUAGUAAUAAUAAUAAUAAUAAUAAUAAUAAUAAUAAUAAUAAUAAUAGAUACAUUCUCUCAUCGUAUGUUAUAAAUAAAUAACAUUUAAAUU